AUGGCCGAGAGCACGACCAGCACUGAAGACACGUGGAAUGCAUCACCAACACCGACGACGCCCGGCACAACGAGCCUCGAGCCAGCAACAGUCUCGGUCUCCCAGCCUCCCCAAGUGCCAGCACUACUGCCUCCUGAUAUUCAGGCACUCGUGGAAUUUUACUUUGCUCACGUCUAUCCCCUAUCCUCAUACGCCUUCCUCCACCCGCAGACCACCAUCCGCCAGUGCAGCAACGGCCAGCUGGAGAACAGCCUGUCGCACGCCAUCGCCGCAGUCGCCAGCUACCACCAGGGCUCCUCCUCACAACGCAGAGAACAGGCCGAGCUGUCGUGGGCGCAGGCGGCCGAGGACCUGAUCUGGAAGAACCUCGAGUCGCCGUCCGUGUCGCGCCUGCAGGCGCUGCUGCUGGUGAUCCUCUACAGGGUCGAGACGGGCGCGUUCCAGCGGGCCUUCAUGCUCUCGGCCCUGGCCGCCCGCGCCGCCGCCGCGAUGAGGCUUAACCACGAGCGUGACGGGUCGACGGGAAACAAGACCUUACACGAGGUCAGGAGGCGCGUCAUGUGGAGCCUGAAGCUGGUCGAGCGCUACUUCUCGACGGGGCUGCCGGAAUUCGAGCUCUGCCCCGUGGAGAGCGUCUACCUGGAGCUGCCGUGCUGGGAGCAGGAGUUCAGCGACACGCGGGCCGGCGGCAGCGCGGAGCGGACCAUCCAGUCCUGCGAUUUCGGCUCAUAUCACCUAUGCGUGCGCCUGGAGAUGCUACGCCGCGACCUCAUGAAACUCAACCGGUCCCUGUCCCUCUGCGACACGACCUUCCCCCAGCUGGCGACGGUCAUGCACGACUUCGAGCAGCACCUGACACGCAUCGAGGCCGAGCUCCCGGGCGGGCCGGCCCUCACCGUGGAGCGCAUCUCGUCGCUCCUCGACAGCCCCUGGCUGCCGCGCCAGAUCCUCGUCCACCUGUCCUUCCACCACUCCCAGUGCGACCUGUACCGCCUCCUCGUGCGCAACUACCGCGAGGCCGCGCCCGCCGCGGUCCUGGACGCCGUCGACCCGGCCCUCCUGGCGAGGGCCGAGCAGCUCUGCCUGCAGCACGCGACCGCCACCGUCGACAUCCUCGCCACGCUCAACCAGGUCAGCCAGAAGGCCCAGCGCCUCGAGUUCGACGCCGCCAUCUGCGGGUACCACGCGACGAGGCUGCUCCUCUUCAUCGCCGCGCAGUCGCCGCCAUCCCCAACAAAGCCCUCGGAGGAGUGGGCCCUCAGCCGCGCGGAGCUGUGCCUCGCGUCCCUGCGCCGCUUCUUCCCCUCCAGCCGCCGAGCCCGCCCCGUCAUCGAGGAGAUGAAGAGGGCAAUAUCGGUUUUUUCCACCAGGGGACAGGCCUCCUCCCCCGCCCCGAGCAGGCUCGCGAGCCCCGGCCCGGCCCCGGCCAGCGGCAAGAAGGACUCGGCCGCGGGCCUGAGCGCCGCCGCGAGGGUGCGCCAGAGGCUGGCUAUCCACAGCCUGCUGCGGCAGGCGGACUUUGCAGACGGCGACGAGCAGCCCUCGUCGCCCGAGGACACCGGGCGCGGGAGCUUGGGCAGCGGUGGUGGUAAUGCGACGACGGCGGCAGCGGCCAAGGCGCCCAGCCCGCGGCUGCCUGGGAUAGCGGCGCUGGAGAUGCCGCGGGUGCCGCCGUCGACGGGGUUCAUCCUCUCCCCGAGGCGGACGUCGUCGUCGUCGCCGUCCGAGAGGGGGGUGGAGGCGGAGCCGUGGCAGUCGGGCUGGCUCGAGGGGGGGUUCUCGGCCGAUCGGUGGGACUCGCAGAAGAUCCAGCAGGCUGGCGCUGGCGGCGGCGGUGGUGGGCCGCCGAGCUUCUCGUUCCCGUGGCUUCAGAGGUGGGAGGGGGCGAAUGCUGUUGCUGGGGAGAUGAUGGGAUAA